GGACAGAGGAGGAGGAGGAGGAGGAGGAGGAGGAGGAGGAGGAGGGUAGGUUGAGCCUGGGACUGUGCAUGGAGUGGGGGUUAUAGCGAGCUCAGUCAAAGGAGAGACCGAGCGGGAGCGGGCUAUACGUGCACCGACGACCGCAGCAGCGACGAGAACAGCAGCGGCCCCGGGUUGCAGGGUUGCAGCCAGUCCUGGGGAGGGGGGGAAAGCUCGGCCUGCCGCCCGCUGACACUCUCCCCGCGGCUCCCUCCCUCCCUCUCCCUGGGAUUUGAUCUUUCUCUUCUUUUGGGGGGGAGGGUGGGUGGUCGUUGUGGGCCGUCGCCUUUAUUCCACCAGCCCCAGCCCGCAUUUGGCUGGGGGCGUCUCUCCCCCCGCCGCCGCCCGCUCAGAAAAAGAAGAACCGAAAGGCGUGACUCGAAAAUAAAUAAAUAAUAAUUCAAAAAAAAAAAAAAAAAACAACAACCCACACAGAACACCACCCCGGGGAGGAGGAGUGAAGGAGGAGGAGGAGGAGGAGAAACGCAGAGGAGCGGGCAGUAACUUUAAAGCCAGCCCCGAGCUCCACACCGGCGCUCGGCACAGGAGGCGGCGGCGACAGAGGCGACAGCGGGCGGUGUCGUGUGUCUGUCGCCGGUCGGACCGGGUCCCCGUGCUUGCCCGUGUGCCGGUGUGAUCGUCCGGGCCGGCGGCCGACCAGCGGCAUCGUCCCGACUCCGGCAGCUGGAAAUGUCCGAGCACAAGGCGAUUGAUCCGAAGUUAUCGACGACGGACAGGGUGGUCAAAGCUGUCCCGUUUCCCCCAAGUCAUCGGCUCACAGCGAAGGAGGUGUUUGACAACGAUGGGAAGCCUCGGGUGGACGUCUUAAAAGCCCACCUCAUGAAAGAGGGGAGGCUGGAAGAGAGCGUGGCUUUGAGAAUCAUAACGGAGGGCGCGUCGAUUCUGCGGCAGGAAAAGAAUCUUCUGGACAUAGACGCCCCGGUCACAGUUUGCGGAGACAUCCAUGGACAGUUUUUCGACUUGAUGAAGCUUUUCGAAGUGGGCGGGUCCCCGGCUAAUACCCGCUACCUGUUCCUGGGGGACUACGUGGACAGAGGCUACUUCAGCAUCGAAUGUGUGCUAUAUCUGUGGGCCUUGAAAAUCCUUUACCCUAAAACACUGUUUUUACUUCGUGGGAACCAUGAAUGUAGACAUUUAACAGAAUAUUUCACGUUUAAGCAGGAAUGUAAAAUAAAGUACUCAGAACGUGUGUACGACGCGUGCAUGGACGCCUUUGACUGCCUGCCCUUGGCGGCCUUGAUGAACCAACAGUUCCUCUGUGUGCACGGUGGCUUGUCCCCAGAGAUCAACACCUUAGAUGAUAUCCGAAAAUUAGAUCGAUUCAAAGAGCCGCCUGCGUACGGACCUAUGUGUGACAUCCUUUGGUCGGACCCCCUGGAGGACUUUGGAAAUGAGAAGACUCAAGAGCAUUUCACUCAUAACACCGUCAGGGGAUGUUCGUACUUCUACAGCUACCCUGCUGUAUGCGAAUUCUUACAGCACAAUAACCUGUUAUCUAUACUCCGAGCCCAUGAAGCCCAAGAUGCAGGGUAUCGCAUGUACAGGAAAAGCCAGACGACAGGCUUCCCUUCUCUAAUUACAAUUUUUUCAGCACCAAACUAUCUAGAUGUGUACAAUAACAAAGCUGCAGUAUUGAAAUAUGAGAACAAUGUUAUGAACAUCAGGCAGUUCAACUGCUCUCCUCAUCCAUAUUGGCUUCCAAAUUUCAUGGAUGUUUUCACUUGGUCUCUACCCUUUGUGGGGGAAAAAGUGACCGAGAUGCUGGUCAACGUGCUGAACAUCUGCUCCGAUGACGAACUAGGGUCGGAAGAAGACGGAUUUGACGGAGCCACAGCCGCAGCCCGGAAGGAAGUUAUAAGGAACAAGAUCCGAGCAAUAGGGAAGAUGGCUCGGGUUUUCUCUGUACUGAGAGAAGAGAGUGAGAGCGUGCUGACCCUGAAGGGCUUGACCCCAACCGGAAUGCUGCCUAGUGGAGUACUCUCCGGAGGAAAGCAAACUCUACAGAGCGCUACUGUUGAGGCAAUUGAGGCUGAUGAAGCCAUCAAAGGAUUUUCACCACAGCAUAAGAUCACUAGCUUCGAAGAAGCCAAGGGCUUAGACCGAAUUAACGAGAGAAUGCCUCCCCGCAGAGAUGCCAUGCCCUCUGACGCCAACCUUAACUCCAUCAACAAGGCUAUCUCCUCAGAGACAAAUGGCACAGACAGCAAUGGCAGCAACAGCAGCAAUAUUCAGUGACCCCUUCCGGUUUCGGGUUGCCGGUGGUCUUUUCCUUUCGUUUUGUUUUUGGAGCUGCGGGGCGUGAUGGGAUGUCGGUGCCUCUGACGAUAGCUUACACGCUGUGGGGAGGGGCAGGUCUUGGAUUCAGUUUACAAUAUCAUCAAAAAAAAAAACAAAACAAAAGAGAUAGUAAACUAUAUUUUGGUGGGUGGGCGGGCGGGGGGAGAAAUGCCUUUUAAAAACGCUUGUAGAAACAAAUCAAACAAGAAAGCUAACGCUGGUAUAUACUGCAAAGUUGGGGAAUGAACGAAUACGUUUUCCUACCGCAUUGGGAAUUCCUAGGUAUGUUACUGAAAGGCCUUUUAUUAUGUUACUGGACAUGAAAACUUUGUCUAAUUUCUUACUCUAUUGUACGUUUACAGUUGCAGCACUAAAAAUGGAUGACAUCAAAACAUUUUUAACCAAGUGAUGUACAAACUAAAUAAGGACUAUUUAUUGAUAAUGUUUUGCUACUCUUGUCAGACAAUGGCUAUAAACUGAAUUAGGCAGUCUGAAAAAAGAAAAAAAAAAAAAGAAUGUUGCAAAUUUGUUAAAAAUGCCAAAAAGGACCGUUUAAUUUUGUACAGAUUAUGCUUACCUCAGGUUUCUUUAGUGUGUUUGAAUGCCCUUCUUUCAAUAUGGCACUUAACUUACGAAUUUGGCAGUGACUCUUUUUUUCUUCUAAGUUAAAAAAAAAAAACUGGAAUAAUAACAUCUAUCUUUUUUUGCUGUUUAUAUUUAGGUUUUUUGGUAAAUCAAUUCUUGGUUGUGGCUUGCUGAAUUUAAAUAUUUAUGAGUGGUGCAUUUUUAAGUAUAGUGAACAAGACACCAUAUUAAGUGCAGUGAAAAAGCAUCUAUAUUCUGUAAAAAUCUGCCUAUGCAUGUUUUUUAAGAAAAAAAAAUGGCUGUAUAAGCCUGUAUGGACUGUAAUGCGCUUAGUGAUCUGACUUAUACUGGAAAUGUAUGUAUACUGGCGUACUUUAUAUUCUCUAAAAAAUGCUUAAUGCCUUUGAAAUUUUGUAAUCGAAAAAAGCUUUGAAAAAAUCUAAAGGGGAGAGUAUUCUUAAAAGUUUUUAACAUAAGCUUGUCAGUGCACAUAUAGAUGGUAGCAUGUUUAGCAGACCUUGUGAGAUUUCAAUAAGUUUGUAGUUACAUGUGAAACUCUACAAUGCAUGGGAACUGUUAAUGUCAUAAUGGUUUAGUCAUUUUGUUCCGUUUCGUCAUGUGCCACAAACUGUGUAAUUUUUUCACUUUUUUCCCUUUGUAUAUCAGUUACGGGUUACAACUGGUUCAUUCUGAAGACAAAUUAAGAAACAGUCCAUCGAUAUUUUUUAACAAUUGUAUAAGUGCCCAAGUAAUUCACUACAGCCUAAAGCCUUGCCUUUGUAAUUUGACUUCUGAAAUGUUGGCAAUCAAAGCAUGCACUUGUAACAAUGAAAAAAAAAGCAUUUUAUAUUACUACUCAAUAAAACGUGCAUGAACUUA